CAAUGAACUUAUUCUAUUGCAGAGAUAUAGGUAAAAGGACAUCAAAAUGUGGAAUGCGAAUCAGCUCCCUACACAGCCGCGACAAUUUUAUUUGGGGCUCUUAUUGAUUACGAUUUGCGCGGUGCUGUCCGAGGACGUAUGUGCAGUGCCCACCGAUCAAUCGUAUGUUGAAAACACGCAUGGGCAAGACGGCGGAGGUAUGCAAGCAUUGCAAAAAAGGCCAGCCUUCUUUGUGGGAAGUCGCUACGGGCGGUCCAGCGGCAACGCUGUCACCGGCGGUGGGGCAACUAGUGUUGAUAGCUCGAAAACGCGAUGUCUCAUAAUUGUACCACGAAAUGAUCGUUUUUUUCUUGGCUCUCGAUAUGGAAAACGGAACGGCGAGUAUUUGUCCCCCUACGAACAAAACAGCCUAAGCCUGGCCCUCAGCAAAGACUCGUCACAGGAUGUGGAGCAACAGACAUCAAACACCAACAGCAGGUUACGGCCAUCCCUUAUGUCAUGCGUCUACAAAGGCAUCAGCAAUUACUAUCGUUGUAAAGGCAGACCAUCACUCUGCAGUUUAUGAAAGUCUCGAUUCCACAAGCAUGGCAGAAAGUGAUGGUGAUACGAACAACGUCAUCAACUGAGGAAGGAAAUCAUAAAGAACAAAGAAAAAGAAAAAUGCUGGCGAUUCAUUGACAAACAUUCAGAGCUUGUAGUGGCACAUGCUUCUAUGACAUUUAAUACGAUUCUUGCUAUCCAAUUGUUUUUCUGCGAUUUACUAAACCUACAAGCAAAAAGGUAUUAAAACUUUUCAAAGGGGCUGGAAAACGUUUUAAUAUUUAACAAAUUGAUAGAUACCCAAUGUCGAUGUGCCAUUAAAUUAUGGGCAGCUACAUUAUUUAGUAUUUACCGAAUUAAAAUAUUUUAAUAUGUUGAAAUCCGAAUUAAGGCGCGCACA